AGUCUUGUAUCUCUGUGUAACUGAGCCACUGGAGGGAUCCACACUGCUCCUGCCCAAAAAGAAAACCAUGACUACUGCUAAAACAUUAUUCUCGCCAAAAUGUAUUAUCUUCUGACUGAAUCUACCUCUCAAACUUUGAAGAAAUAGCGCUGAGGUUGUUUUGAAACUUAAGGAGGCUGUAGAAGGACGCACAGAGGAAUGUUCAGGAGGGACAACGACCGGGGAUACCAAGAGUUUAAUGACGAGGACGUUGAGGAAAGCUUGCAGCCUCCAGGCCUGUAUGAAGACACCAAGGAGGACAUCAGUGACUUGGAGCCAAACCAAGACAAUGGCAGUGUCCCACAGGGAAAGGAGGAGGAGAUUGUGAAAAAUCCACCGAGGAAAUUCAGCAAAAGUUGUGUCAAAAAUGUAUUCACAGUGGUGCUUAUACUGAUCUAUGUGCUCCUGACCACCAUAGCUGUAUUUCUGGCCUAUCAAACCAUCAACGACUUUAUGGAGAAAAUGAAUAACCCAGUGAUGUCGGUCACAUACAAAGAAGUGGAGUCAUUUUCACCUCCAGGUAUUGCCUUGUUCCCUGGUAAUGCCCGGCUAUUAAGCUGCAAACAUUACUACCGCGACUUCCUCCCUCCGAUAGUGAACCCGGGGCAACCACAAGAGAGCGACUGUGAGAUGCAAGAAGUCUUUUACAAUGGUCCUUUUCGAAAUCAAUCUAAGAGGAAAACGUUGGUGGUCCGUGGUCCAUCUGAUGUCAGGAAUAAGGAGCUAAUCUUUAUGCAGUUCAGUCAAAAUGAAACACUCCAAGACUUCAGCGCCAUCUCCUACAUGCUCUUUGCUAAAUACAGCGACUUGAUCAAUAGUGCUAAUCAUUCAGAGUUCAUGAGGGAUUGUGAGAGGAACUGCUCCAUGUGGACCUUUUCUGGAGGUUUCAGGACCAGGGUGAAGAUGUCGUUAGUUCGGACAUACGGGAAAACCAACCACGGCACUGAAUUUCGACAAGAGUCUGCUGUGGUGAAGUUUAACGACAAACGGCCAGAACAGAACAGAACUGAUGAACUUUUCUUUGCUGCUUUUGAAUGGAGGGAUCCCUAUAUUCAAGAAAUCAAACUGAUUGUGACUGCUAACCCCUGGAACUCCCUGGUCAUCCUCUGUGGAGUGUUCAUGGCUCUGUUUAAAGCUACUAAUUUUGCCAAACUCACAGUACAAUGGAUGAUCAGGAUGAGGAAGAGGCAUCUAAGGAACAAAGCACGAGAACGCAAUCACAUCAACUAAAGUCUACUGAAAUAAUGACUUUGAUUCAACUCUUUGUAGGUCACUUCAUUUUGUAUAAUAGUUCCAGUUUGAUUUGCUUUAUCUUUGUACCCAAACUACUGCUAAUCUUAGCUCUUAAGGUCAGUAAUUUCUUGAAAUAUUUCAAAAUACAUUUCCAAAUUUGGGCAUUGGAAAGAUUGCUGUGCCUGGACUCUUUCUAAUGUGACACUAAUCCUGAACUGUAUUACCGUGUAAAUUCAUUACAAUUAAGUCAAGGGAAUAUACAUUUUUUCUAUUUGUGUUCUCAGAGCAACAGGGGCAGAGCUACUAAACAUUUGACUAAAAAGGGAAAAUUACACUAUGCUUUAACAAAUGUGACUGGAAUAAUGCACAAUUUUCAGUUU